AUGGACUCCAAGCCACGUGGGACUCCGCGAAACCAGCAGCAGCGGGACACUCAGCCGAAGCAUCAGCAAACGCAAGACGUCCUGUACCUCCCACCCCCCGCGUUCCCCAUUCAGCCGCCGCAACAGCAGCAGCACCAACGAAUGCUGCUGCAGCAACAGCAGCAGCAGCAGCAGCAGCAGCAGCAGCAGCAGCAGCAGCAGCAGCAGCAGCAGCAGCAGCAGCAGCAGCAGCAGCAGCAGCAGCAGCAGCAGCAGCAGCAGCAGCAGCAGCAGCAGCAGCAGCAGCAGCAGCAGCAGCAGCAGCAGCAGCAGCAGCAGCAGCACCAGCAGCAGCAGCAGCAGCAGCAGCAGCAGCAGCAGCAGCAGCAGCAGCAGCAUUUCAAGUUCGAGCAGCUGGCAUCAGGCGAGGUUUCUCCAACGACCAUGUUGGACCGUCGCAGCUCGCACCUGUCUCCCAUCCCUCUCACUUUCGCGGGCGGUCAUGUUUACGCUGAAGGGUUCUACGCCAACUCUCCGCCAGUCGCUUUCUCAUCCAUGUUCGGUAGCGAGGGGGCGCUUGACAACUUAGAUGGUAACAAUGCUGCAACGGGUUCGUCGAGAUUCGCCAAGGAGUGCGAGGUUGGCGAGAGCGGGAACGCGGCUUCUGUAAUUAUCGCCGGGGAAACUUGUAACGGGGAAGAGAUGGAUCGUGACAAUAACGAGGGUCAGAUGGAGGUGGGGGGUCUGGAGAACAUUUGGACCGACGAAUCAGAUAAAAUCGAGAACGUGGAGGGGAGGUUCGAGGGGAGGCUGGAAGGCAGAUCGGAAGGGAGAUCGGAGGAGAGGGGGAUGACGAGGGGGCGCCAAGCGAACGGCGGGAGGGAAAAAGACACGGGGGAUGCGUACGGGCCGACAGCAGCGGCCGGAACGGGCUGUGAUUGGCCGACGUGGCCUGAGUACACUCCGGACGAAGCCAUUGGAGCUGACUGGGCGGAGCUGCUGAAGGUGGACGACGAGGUGGUGGUGCCGUCCAAGCUGGAGACAGCUCAAGCGGGAGGGCCGCAGGGCUCGCCGCCAUACCCGCCCUUCCACAACCCCUACUCCUCCCCCGACCUCCCGUUCUCCCUGGUUGCGGUGCCAGGCAUGUACGCACAGAUCCACCCAGGGGGAAGGGACCCUCUGCCCCUGUCGCCGCUGCCCCUGUCGCUGGGGGGGAUGCCUUGCGCCCUCCCCGUGGCUGCGCCCGCAUCCUCUGCUUCCACUGCUGGGAACAGCGGUGGUGUGGGAGGGGGGGGCGGAGGGCGCGGGGGAGGGGGAGGGGAAGGGGGAGCGGGACGCGGAGGCGGAGGAGGAGACGGGACGGGAGCUUUGUCGCAAGGAGCAGCAGUGAAUGGUAACGCUGCCAUUGCUGGCACUGCUGCCAUAGGCGCUGCUGGUGCCAGUGCAGGGAUGCAGGGCCAUGGUGGGGCCGCGGGUGGCACUGGUGGAAUGGAUGGGGUAAGCAUGUGCCGGAUCGACACUAUAGGGGGGAUGAAUCUGCUUGCCCCGGGGACGGACGCUGCUGCCGCCGCGGCGUCUGCUGCCGCGUCUGCUGCUGCCGCCACCGCUGCUGCAGCUGCUGCUUCGGGCGGAGGGGUGGUGGCGCCCGCGGGGUCACUGGGAGGGGUGGCGCCCGCGGGGUCACUGGGAGGGCGCGGAGGGGAAGGGGGAGCGACGAGCAGCGUGGGCGGGGGAGGGGCGUUCAGCAUGGGGGGAGGAGGCGGCGGGUUCAGCAGCGAUGGGGGGAGUUCCGGCAAGCACCGGCUGCGGUGGACGCCAGAGCUGCAUGAGAAAUUCGUGGAGGCUGUCGCAAACCUGGGAGGGGCUGACAGUAAGUCUGCUUGUCUUGUCUGCCUUUCUGCUCCCGUUUCCACUUACCUCUCCCUCUUUUCCCUCUCUCUUCUCCCCAUGCCCCCCCCCCCCCUCCCGUUCCAAUUGUUCUCCCCAUGCCCCCUCCCGUGUCGUGCAGAGGCGACACCCAAGGGUGUGCUGCGAGUGAUGGGCGUGCAAGGCCUCACCAUCUACCACGUCAAGAGCCACCUGCAGGUGCGUGUGUCAAGAGCCACCUGCAGAAGUAUCGACUCGCCAAGUACCUUCCAGAUCCUUUGCCUUCCACACCCCGAGAACAGGUCUACUGCACCUUAUCCUGUACGGCGGCCGCAGCAGCAGUGGCGACGGCACCGCCGUUUCGCCGCCGACGUUGCUGCUGUUGCUGCUGAUGCGAAGAAUUCCGAGCAAUUCACCUGUCUGUCCCUUUCCGCCCUCUCCCUCCUGCUGUCCCUCCCAGAGCCAAGACCGGAGAGGGCAGAGAAAGCCCCCAAGCGGAUUGCCUCUGGACGCCUUCCCAUGCAGAAGCGCCUUCCCAUGCAGCUGCAGCUGCAGGAGCAAGUCCUGAUCCACUCCUUGUGUGCUUACUUGCUCUCUCUCCCUCCCUCCCUCCGCGCUUGCAGCAUUCGCAACAUCCCGAUCACAGAGGCUCUCAGGAUGCAGAUGGAGGUGCAGAGGCGGUUGCACGAGCAGCUGGAGGUGCAGCGGCAGCUGCAGCUGAGGAUUGAGGCGCAGGGUAAAUACCUCCAGAAAAUCAUAGAGGAGCAGGUAAAGGCGAGUGGCAUGGUUGUUGCCAGUAGGUCGUCCACUGCCGGUGGGGCAGUCACGUCUGCUGACCCCGCUGGGGCUCUCAACGCGGGAGCGGGGGGAGGAGCGGGGCAAGGAGGGGAGGGUGGGGAAGGAAUGGUGACAGGCCGGGAAACUGACGCUGGUCCAUCUGCCGAUGCUGCUGCUGCUGCUAGUGCUGCUGGUGGUGCUGCUGUCGGUGCUGCUGCUGCUGCUGCCGCUGCUGGCCAUGUUGGUGGGUUGGCAGGGCACAGUGGGGAGAUCUCCCUAGGGGUGAGCUCGAGUAUGGAGAAGCCGUUGGAUGCCCGCUAUGGUGCUGCAUCAACGGCUGCUGCUGCUGCUGCUGCUGACGAUGCUGCUGCUGCUGCUGCAUAUGUUUGCUACGUUUCUCACCCCGCUCCUCACUACUUCCCACCAACUCCUCUUCAUGCUCAUGCUUCUGCCGCCGCUGCUGCCACUGCUGCUGCCGAUGCUCCUGAUGCUGCUGCCCCCUCUGCUGCAAGCGGUUCUGCUGUCGCUGCUGCUGCUGGUGUCCCCGGGGAGAUAGCACCGAAUUCGUCUUCGCUCUUAUCCAGCUCCCCCCAACCCCAACUCACUGCCACCCCAGCUGCACCCACCCCAGCUGCACCCAAUCAGCCCUUCUUAGUGGUGUCAGCUAAGCAGCCCAAGGCCCCUCCGCGCCUGGUCUGCUCCCCCCUCUCCUCCACCCGCCUGCUCCGCCCUCUACCAUCCCCAUCCGCUUCCCCUGCCCUCUCCGCACCACCAUCCCCCGCAAUUGCGAUGGAACCGCCUGGAGCUGCACCUGGGAUUUCUCCUGCUGCUGCUCGUGUAACUGAUACCUCUUCUGUUGCACCUGAUGUUUCUGCCGCCCAGUUUGCCUCUCAGAGUAUGUAUGGGGCAGCUGCACCUGGGACUGCACCGGCACCUGAGAAUCCACCUGGGAUAACCCCUGCUUUAGGUGGGCCGUGUGGGUUGUCGGGGCAGGAGAGGGGGAGGAGGAAGAGGCAGAGGACGAGGGAGGUGAUUGUAGACGUGUGUGGGGACUUGGAGGAUGUGUGUGGGGAGGUGGAGGAGGAAGAGGAGUGUGGGGAGACUGAGGAGGUGGAUGAGAGGGGAGGUGAUGCUGGUGAUGGUGGUGGUGAUGGUGGUGGUGAUGAUGGUGGUGGUGGUGGUGGUGGUGGUGGUGGUGGUGGUGAUAGUGAUAGUGAUGCAGCAGAGGCAGAGGCAGCAGGGGCGGAGUAA